AUGUCAAACAGUCGGAAAAUGUCGCUAUUUAAUAGAUGGAAGCAACAAACUAACAACGAACAAUUGGAGGGUGUUAGUGAAGAAGAAGCGAUAGAAUAUCGCGAAGCAUUUAGGUUAUUUGAUAAGGAUGGUAAUGGAUCAAUAUCUUCCAAAGAAUUGGGUGUAGCGAUGAGAACAUUAGGACAAAAUCCAACUGAACAAGAAUUGUUAGAUAUGAUCAAUGAGGUUGAUUUUGAUGGUAGCGGUAGCAUUGAAUUCCCCGAGUUCUGCCAAAUGAUGAAAAGAAUGAAUAAAGUGAGCGACGAAAUGAUUCGAGAAGCUUUCCGAGUAUUUGAUCGAGACGGAAAUGGUUAUAUUACUGCUGAAGAAUUCCGAUACUUUAUGACCCAUAUGGGAGAGCAAUUCAGUGAUGAAGAAGUAGAUGAAAUGAUCGCUGAAGUUGACAUCGAUGGCGAUGGGCAGGUCUUACUUUUAAAUAUUUUACAACUUGCUUUUUUAAUUUAA